AUGACAGCACGGAUAUUCGAUGCGGCCAUGCCGGACCUGGAGGCCGUCCGAAAAAUCCUGGAGGAGCUGGCGCCGCGCGGCCACUGCCUCCACCUGCGCGGCCUGCCCUUCGCUGCCACCGCCGACGACGUCGAAGCGUUCUUAUCCCCGAUCCCCCUCGCCGCCCCCGGCGCGGGCGCGGUCGUGUUCACGUUCACCGCGGACGGGCGGCCGACGGGCGAGGCGUAUGUGGAGGUCGUCGACGAGGCGGCGGCCGCGGCCGCGAUGCUGAAGCACAAGGAUCGCAUGGGGGCGCGCUACAUAGAGGUGUUCGCCAGCACCAAGCACGACCUGCUGCAGGCGGCGCAGGCGGCGCAAUACCAAGCAAGCCAGGCCGCGCUGCGGCGGCGCUGGGCGGCGCUCGGGCUCGGCGGCGCCGGCGGGCCGGGCGCGGCGUUCGGCGUGGCGGCGCCGGCGGGCUACGGGCGCGUGCCCGGGCAGGUGGUGGUGGCGCAGGUAGGCCCGCCGGCCGCGGUCUCAGCAGACGAGCUUGCCCAGGCUUUCCAAGGUGUCAGCCUGCGCGCCGCGCCGCCCGCGCCGGCCGGCACUUUCAUCGUGGCGCCCCAGGAGCUAUACCCUCAGUACGGCGGCGCCGCCGUCGCCGCCGGCGUGCCGCUUGCGGGGCACUACGGCGGUGGGCAGUACGGCGGCGGGCAGUACGGCGGUGUGCAGUACAGCGGCGCGGCAGUACCUAUGCCUUACUACGUGAUGGACCCAGCGGCCAUGGCCGGCGCAUCUGGCGGCCGUGCCGUGCAUGCGCAGGUCUCGGUGGCGCAGGUGCAGCAGUCGCAGCCGGCUCACCUGCAACCGCAGCAACAGCAGCAGCAGCAGCAGGAGCAGGUGCCGCAGGGGCUCUACCUGGCGGGAUACAGCCAGCAGGGGCCUGUGUAUCUCUCGCCGCCGCCGCCGCAGCAGCAGCAGCAGCAGCAGCAGGAGCAGCAGCAACAGGUGUACGCGCCACUGCAGCAGUGGGGGCCACCAGUGGCGGCUAGCGGGCCCCCGGACCCCAUGACACCCUCCAUGUGGAAUUACGUCGGCGCGCCUGUCCACCCAAGCACUGUAGACUCGAACCCAGUGCCCGGCCAAUUUGUGCCAGGCCAGUACGUACCCGCGGCGUCUCAGCCCUACAACUCGCCGUCAGGCAGCUAG